UGUCCUCUUACUCCAGCUCACCUUUCCAUUUGCGUUGAUUUGAGAACCUGAAUAGAUACUCAUACCAAUCAACGUCACGUGCUGGAGGAAUCGCUUUACGGCCCGAGUUCAUUCAAACCUCAUUACUUUUCUAAAAUUUCAUUCGGGAAGGCUCUGUAUCGCCCGCCGGCAAAUCUUAAUUACGAUGGCUCAAUCGAAUACAUCUCAAUCCAGUGGGGGUGGCCGCUUGCUCAAUACUUUCCUCGAUCGCCCCAUUGAGGAUCAUGGAUCUGGAUGGUCCAAUCUAUGGGAUUUUGGAGAAAGUGAUUUAUGGGACCGGGGGAAAGCUUCUCCAGCCUUGGUAGACCUCGUCGAGCAAGAAACAAGGCUUUUCAACCCGUUUACAGCGGAUGGUAAACGGAAGAAGGCACUUGUUCCAGGCUGUGGUCGUGGUUAUGAUGUGGUGAUGCUGGCAUUGCAUGGGUUCGACGCCUAUGGACUAGAGAUUUCAGACACAGCCGUCAAGGAAGCAGAAAAAUAUUCAUCUACGGAGUUAGCAAAGCCAUCCUCAUAUCACUUUGGUACCGAGCAGCGGCCUUCUAGCACCCCUGGCUCUGUGACAUUCUUCCAGGGAGAUUUCUUCACUUCCCAGUGGGAUUUCAAAGGAGGAAUUGAUGUGAACACUAAGUUCGAUGUAGUUUAUGACUACACAUUUUUAUGUGCUAUGCACCCCAAGCAACGGAAGAAGUGGGCGGCAAGUAUAGCUCGGGUAACCAAGUCGGGAGGUUUGCUUAUUUGCCUAGAGUUUCCAUUAUAUAAGGAUCCGAAGCUACCAGGACCGCCUUGGGGGUUGAAAGGAGUUCAUUGGAAUCUGCUAGCUGAAGGAGGCGACGGUGUAAUUACUGGAGAAGUUGGCGAAGACGGGAAAGAGAAGAAAAAUGCUUCCUCGGAGAUCGGAGACUUCAGGAGAUCCUUGUAUGUCAAGCCUGCACGAUCGUAUGAGGUGGCGAAGGGCACGGACAUGGUCAGUGUGUACGCCCGCAAAUAGGGCAUUCGUCAACCCAGAAUCCAUCUACUUCUUCUGAUCUGCCAAUUCAAUCAUUUCAUCAUUUGCUUUGCGUUCCUCACCCAGUUCCACAUCCGCAUUCUUCACAUUAGGAUGCUCUUCCACUGCAGCAACGACAAGUUCAAACCGACGGCCACGCUUCUCAGGUCCAAGGGCAGUGGUGACCAUAAUGCCGAUUGCAAUAAUGGCAGUCGCAACACCCAUAACCGGGCCAUACGCGGACGCCUUAAUACCCUUUGGGGUCGUCACCCAGGUAGAUUCGGCGAUGGCGUUGACAAUCUGAGCCGAAGGAGAGCUGAUCAUAUUACCAACCUGGUAUGUGAUACCCGGGAAGGAAGACCGGAAGGCGGGUGGAGACAAUUCGUUCAGGUGGAUUGGGAUGACACCCCAUGCACCUUGAACGAAGAAUUGCAUGAAAAAGCCGGUGGCGCUGAGUGCUGGCUCUCCUGUUGGCAAUAUCCAUGCUGGAAUAAGGAUUGCGGACAUCAAGGCCGAAACGAUGAUAGCCCGACGACGUCCUACAAAUUGUGACAGGUAUCCGAUAAUUGUUCCACCCACGCAGGCCCCAGUCUUCAUUAAAAUUGAUGCCCUCGAAGCACCGGAAUUGUUAAGUUGCUUUUGCGUGAGCAAAAAGGUGGUGUAGGAGUCUUGCGAUGUGUGGGAGUAGUAGUUGAACUUGAAAAGGCUGGAUUAGUUGCUGAUUUGCCGAUGGGGGAAGGCAUAGUGACUUGAAGCUUACCCAGGUCAUGAGAAUGAUGCAGUAGAUGCACAUUUUCCACUCCUUGGCCAACAUAACUUGGGUCUCUUUCCAGAAUUCGCCUGCACUCAUGCUUCGCUUGCCUGCUUUCUUAGCCUCGAGGAAUUGUUUUGACUCCGGGAAGAAGAUUCGAAUAAUGCCGACGCCGAUGGAGAUACCCGCUAGAAGAAUACAUUAAUACAAGC